AGCCGUUUCAGCCAGGUCUCGGGAGAAGCUCUGCGGCCUCGCUCGACGGCGCGGCUGGGUCACCUCGACACCUCUCCGCGGGGAAGAGGGAGGAGGAGGCAACCAACCGACGCAGGGAGGGCGGGCGCGCGAGCUCUCCGAAUCUCAGCCUGUCGUCUCCUUUUCCUGGGAUUAGGGGAGGAAUAAAAGGUAGUGCUUCACAAUGAAGGCGCUCAUUCUUGUUGGGGGCUUCGGAACCCGCCUUCGUCCGUUGACUCUCAGCUUCCCGAAGCCCCUUGUGGAUUUUGCAAACAAGCCCAUGAUUCUGCAUCAGAUCGAAGCUUUGAAAGAAGUCGGGGUGACAGAAGUUGUUUUAGCCAUCAACUACCGCCCAGAGGUGAUGCUUAACUUCUUGAAGGACUUUGAGGAUAAGCUUGGCAUCACAAUCACAUGCUCCCAAGAGACCGAGCCCUUAGGAACUGCUGGCCCUCUUGCUCUAGCAAGGGACAAGCUUGCAGAUGGAUCUGGUGAGCCAUUCUUUGUUCUCAACAGUGAUGUCAUCAGCGAAUACCCAUUCGCUGAGCUCAUAGAAUUUCACAAGAGCCAUGGUGGUGAGGCUACAAUUAUGGUCACUAAGGUGGAUGAACCAUCAAAAUAUGGUGUUGUGGUUAUGGAGGAGGCAACUGAAAGGGUGGAAAGAUUUGUAGAGAAGCCAAAAAUAUUUGUGGGCAACAAAAUCAAUGCUGGGAUUUACUUGCUGAACCCAUCUGUCCUUGACCGCAUUGAACUGAGGCCAACAUCAAUUGAGAAAGAGGUCUUCCCUCAAAUCGCAGCUGAUCAACAGCUCUAUGCGAUGGUCCUUCCAGGUUUUUGGAUGGAUGUUGGUCAGCCAAGGGACUACAUUACUGGCUUGCGUCUUUAUCUUGAUUCACUUAGGAAGAAAUCAGCUGCAAAGCUAGCUACUGGAGCACAUGUCAUAGGCAACGUGCUGAUACAUGAGAGUGCUAAGAUUGGAGAGGGUUGCCUGAUUGGUCCUGAUGUAGCUAUUGGACCUGGAUGUGUCGUGGAGGAUGGCGUGAGGCUUUCCCGAUGCACUGUAAUGCGUGGUGUGCGUAUUAAGAAGCACGCUUGCGUCUCAAACAGCAUUAUCGGGUGGCACUCAACUGUUGGACAAUGGGCGCGAAUAGAGAAUAUGACUAUCCUAGGGGAGGAUGUUCAUGUAUGUGAUGAGGUAUACAGCAAUGGUGGUGUUGUUCUGCCACAUAAAGAGAUCAAGUCAAGCAUCCUGAAGCCUGAGAUCGUCAUGUGAGCUCACGAGUUCCAGCUAUGGUACAUUAAGUGCUUUUACGAAUGAUGUUAUUUUGGUGUCUUCGUCCUACUGCAAACAACUUUAUACCUGUUCUUCUUUUAGAUUAUUGACAAUGUGUGUGUACCGUUCACUUCCACUCCUGUUCUUCAAUGAGUUUUGGAUGCUCUGUGGGGAUAUUGACCUGUUUGCUGUUCUUGGUCUGCAGAAGUUUAAUAAAGAAUAAGUUAAAAGAUUGUGUUCCUA